AACAAAAUGAGGGCGUAAAUCGAUACGAGAAGAUAUCUACCAAGGAUGGCCAUUUUAGCUAGGAAGUAUCCCGCUGGCGAAGUCAUGAAAGAGAGAGAGGCGCGAACGUGUCCGGGAGGUAAAUGGAGUCAUAUCUAGGUAUCCCAUGGCCCAAGAAGAAAGCUGCAAAGUCAAGACAUCGCCAACUAGGAAUGUUACACCUGUUCGAGGCCAAUGAUAUGCAGUGUAUAGGAUCACUACUCUUAGAGACACGAUAUGUGCUGAAGAGCUCGGUGGACUUGCCGACAGGCUGGUCGCGAAAAUCGUCAGUCUCAGGGGAUCGAGUCAUUAGAGUAAGCAUUGGGCUCAAGCAGCAUGGAUGGGAAACAUUGGAGCAGCAUCUAAUGGAAAUCUCUGAUCCAUCCCACCCCCGAUAUGGCAAGUACCUUUCUUCAACUGAGGUCAAUCGGUUAGUUAGAGUGGCGCCGACGUCCUCUAAUCUGGUAACUGCCUGGCUCCAAGAAGCUAGUUCCUUACCGUCAAAUUUGACGGUUUCCGCCUCUGAAGACUUGAUCUCAUUUAAUGCACCGAUCGGGGUUGUUGAACGGUUGUUCAGGGCAAAUUAUGCGGAGUAUCAAAACGAGAAUGGAUUCACCAUGAUACGAUCCUUGACAUGGUCAAUACCUGCCGGCCUAGUCGAUCACAUCGAUGUUGUCGAACCCACCAACUCGUUUUUCAUACCACGCGGGCAAUCUAGAUAUGGGGGCCUACCCCCGCCGGAUUGGGAAAGAGAACAUCGUAUACCAACUUAUGAGGAACUGGUGGAAGAGGAUGUCUUAGAGCGCGGCCAUCUCGGCAUCCCUCUAGCCCAUGAGCUAUCCCAGGCGCCCACUGUCAAGGAAGCAUGCAAUCGACUAGCGAUCUCAAUAGUAUGCCUAAGCGUGCUUUACGGCACAUGGGGUUAUCCGCAGAAGGCGUUCGCUAAAAAUAGUAUCGCAUUAGUGAAUUUCCUGGGCGAAGUCAACAAUAGGUCCGACAUCGAGCUAUUCCUCAACCGUUAUAAUCCAUCCGCCGCCAAAGCGAAUGCAGCGUACCAAUUCACGACGGAGAUCAUAGCAGAUGGAGAUGAUCAACAAACACCCAAUACUCCAGAGCAGAAUAAUGCUAAUAAAGGGUUCGAAGGUGCUUUGGACGCACAGACUAUCCUUGGUCUCAGUUGGCCGGUUCCGAUGACGACAUAUAAUGUAGGCUCGAAGCCCCCAUUUCGACCUGUCGAGGACCAUCAAGAAAACACCAAUGAACCAUACCUGGCGUGGCUCCAGUACAUGCAAACUAAAGAGACAUUACCUCACGUUAUCUCUAUCUCAUAUGCUGAUACCGAGCGAUCCGUCCCCCCAGAGUACGCAAGGAGAGUCUGUAGGGAGUUCGCCAAACUGGGAGCCCGCGGCGUCUCGAUCCUUGUUGCUAGUGGGGACUGGGGGGUCGGAAAAAGUGAGCGGUGCGUAAUGGAUAACGGCAGAGGCAAGCAAAGGCGUUUUGCGCCCUCUUUCCCGUCCAGCUGCCCCUAUGUUACUAGCGUAGGAGCUACGCGACUAGUGGGUUCCGAGAUCGUAGGGUUCGAUGGUCGCGGAGAUUUUGCCAGCGGCGGUGGCUUCAGUGAACUUUUCGAACGGCCACGAUAUCAGGCCAUGGCGGUUGAAAAUUACCUGGAGGCUCUUGGAAAUGAACAUCAAGGCCUUUUCAAUCGGAGGGGACGCGGAUAUCCUGAUAUUGCCGCACUAGGUUAUCACUUCUCUGUCCUUUGGAAUGGUCAAGCGCAUCUCCAGGACGGAACAAGUGCUUCAGCUCCAACAGUUUCUGCCAUAAUCGCACUGGUCAAUGAUGCCUUGCUUGACAAUGGGCACCCACCGCUAGGCUUCUUGAAUCCUUGGCUCUAUUCUGAAGCCCGUGAUGCAUUUACUGACAUCACCUGGGGAUCUAAUAGAGGGUGCAACACUAGUGGAUUCCCUGCUUUGGCUGGAUGGGAUCCAGCAACAGGACUAGGUACUCCUUGGUUCCCGAAGUUGAAAGAUUUGGCGAUAAAAGCAAAGUUUCGCGCAGAUGAGCCGUGGUACAUGCAAGGAGUACAUACAGCAUAG